AUGUGUUUGCUGUUUCAGGAAUCACUGACAUUCCAGGACGUGGCUGUGGACUUCACCAGGGAGGAGUGGGACCAGCUGUACCCCGCUCAGAAGAACCUGUACCGAGACGUGAUGCUGGAGAACUAUAGGAAUCUGGUUGCCCUGGGAAAUCAGCUUUAUAAGCCAGAGGUGAUCACUCAGUUGGAGCAAGAACAACAGUGGAUGAUGAUGGAAAGCGAGAGCCAACCAGUCACCCAUCCAGGAGGACUGUGGGAUUUUGAUUACCAGCUAGUGUUGAAUCAAGAAAACCAGCAGAGACCUAUGAAACAAGUAUCUUUUACUCACAAAAAGAUCACUCAGGAGAGAAGCCUUGAAUGUGAUAAAGCUGGGAAAAACUAUAACCUGAAUUCAAACCUUAUUAUACAUCAGAGAAUUCAUACUGCUGAGAAGCCCAGUGAACAUGGGAAAGCCUUCAGUCACAGUUCAUCUCUAACUCAACCUCAGAUAGUCCUUACAGGAGAGAAGCCCUAUAAGUGUGAUGAAUGCGAGAAGAGAUUCAGCCAGAGGAUACAUCUUAUUCAACAUCAGAGAAUCCACACAGGUGAAAAACCCUUUAUAUGCAACGAAUGUGGGAAAGCCUUCCGGCAGCAUUCAUCCUUUACCCAACACCUGAGGAUUCACACUGGAGAGAAGCCCUAUAAAUGCAAUCAGUGUGGUAAAUCCUUUAGCCGCAUAACAUCACUUACUGAGCAUCACAGACUUCAUACUGGAGAGAAACCUUACGAAUGUAGUUUUUGUGGGAAAGCCUUCAGUCAGAGGACACACCUUAAUCAACAUGAGCGAACUCAUACUGGAGAGAAGCCCUAUAAAUGUAAUGAGUGUGAGAAAGCCUUCAGCCAGAGUGCACAUCUUAAUCAACAUAGGAAAAUCCAUACUAGGGAGAAAUUAUGUGAAUACAAUAAAUGUGAGGAUGCCUUAAGCCACAGUCCUUCCCUUAUUCAGCAGCACAUAAGUCAUGAAGGAGAAGUCAUAUGA